AUGUCGUUGACACUUGUAGAUAUUGGAAGUUCAGUAUCUGAAUAUACUGUUCCAAGAGAUAUCGUAAGUAUUGCUAAUGGUACGUCUAAUCAAUAUUUUGCAUUAAAAUCAAUUCAAACAUUAAGAAAAGUUUCUUUCGAAAGUCCAUCAUCACUUACAUAUCUUGGUCACUAUUCGUUCUAUCACUGCACUCAUCUAUCGGAAGUUGAUUUAUCUAACUGUAGCUCCCUUGAAAAUAUUGGAUCUUUUUGUUUUGCAAAAUGCUAUUCAUUGUCACGUGUAAUUUUUCCCACAAAGUCAAAACUUGAGAUUUUAGGUAUUUCAGCUUUUUGUGAAGUUGAUUCAGUAUCAUCUUAUUCAUUUCCAUCAUCAUUAAGGCAUAUUAAUGGUGAAUCAAUGGAAUAUGGAUGUUUUUCAUAUUAUCAAGGCAAUGAAUUGAGAUUUAAUGAAGGUUUACUGUCAAUAGGCUCAUGUGCUUGCAUUUACGCAUAUUGUAAAUAUAUAUAUUUACCAUCAUCUCUAACAAUGCUACAUCCAUAUGCUUUUAUAUGCACUCCAAAUUUGAUUGAGAUAUUUGGUGGCGAAUCUAUAUCUUAUUCGAUUGUUGAGAAAGCAUUGCUUAGCCAUGAUGAAACUAUUUUAUAUGCAUACCCUGCGCAAAUUAAUGGUACAUAUUAUGUUCAGAGUACUGUGAAAAUUAUUAGCUUCGAUUGUUUUUGUUUCUCAAGAUUACAAGAAAUAAUUAUUCCAGGAUUAUGCAUUGAAUUUAAAGGUACUCCUUUUUUUCAUAUGAAGAGUCUUACUUAUUUGAGAAUUCCAAAGAGUGUUAUUAAAAUGCCAUCAGAAGUAAUAGAUGAUUGUCCUAACUUGAAAAAUUUGACUAUAGAAUUGGAGAAUAUCUUAAAUCUUAAUUAUCAGUCUGUUGAGGUUAUGACUCUCGGAAAUGAAACAAAAGUCAUCAAUGAAUAUGCCUUCACGAGUGCUGUGAAUUUGAGAUUUAUUAUCAUUCCUCCUUCUGUCACCAACAUUGGAAUUGGUGCUUUCCAGGGUUUGAAAAUGCUUCAAUGCGUGAGAAUUUAUGGCCAGCCAAUAAUUGGGAACUCGGCUUUUCUGAGCACAAGAAUCUCUUGUGGUGUGGAUUGUUAUUCGUCUUUGAUUGAUCCUCUAAUCGCCUCUGGAAUAAAUAGAAACUCGUUCAAUUAUUGCUGUGUAAUACAUGCAUUUCAAAACAAUGCAUGUUUCCGGAUGUUAUUUGAUAUCUAUUCUUUCAUAUUUCUCCUUAUAUAA